GAAGGACCGAAUCAGCAGGAUUACUUCCGAGCUCGAAUCUGCGCAUAAUCAAAUGGCAAGUGACCGCGAAGUGAAAUACUACUUGGAUGAGAAUCUCACGAGAAUCAGCCAAGAGUUGACAGAGAAGGAAAAUUUGAUUCGAAGUAUGCAGGAGAGGAGUACUGAAGGGAUGAGAACGAGAACCACGUCUGUUGCUAAGGAACACUAGAAGUGAAUCCAGUGAUUUUGGAAGCUAAAGUCCAUGAACGUCGUGUUUGCUGUUUAAG